AUGAAGGACUAUAGCGCGUCAAGAGGACAGAAGAGCAAACUUGCUGCAGCGGUCAAGAUUCUCCUUAUCGGAGACAGUGCUGUGGGAAAGAGCAGUCUUAUUCUCCGGUUUUCAGAAGACAAUUUUAGGAGCGACCUCACAUCCACAAUUGGAGUUGACUUCUUGAUCCGCACAAUGGAAAUCGAUGGUGAGCCGGUGAAGAUGUCUAUAUGGGAUACAGCUGGGCAGGAGAAAUUUCGCACCAUCACUGAAGCCUACUACCGGAACGCUCAUGGGAUCAUUCUCUUAUACGACAUCACCGACCCGAAAUCAUUCAACAAUGUGCGAGGGUGGAUCAAGAGCAUUGAGGAGCAUUCGACUCGCGGAGUGCGUGUGGUUCUUGUCGGCAACAAGGCUGACAUGGACUACCGGAGGGUGAUCACCAAGGAACAAGGGCAACAACUGGCUAACGAGUUCAAUCUCAGCUUUUUCGAAACCUCCGCUAAAGCAGACAUCAAUGUUGAGGAGGCAUUCCAGUGCAUCGCCAAGGAGAGCAAACAACUUUACGACAUGAUACACUCUCGACACCGCGAG